AUGUCUGCCUCAAUUGCGUCGCCCGAGCCGGCAAUUCCAAAGUCAGAAAAGAAACACAAAAAGGACAAAGCAUCCAAGUCAGAAAAGAAGCGCGACAGAGACGAAGCAGUUACCGACAACACCCCCCGCAAGCACAAGAAGUCGAAGAGCGCAUCUGUCGAAGAAAACGGAGAUGACGAGCCCGAGGCUUCACAAUCAGCCAUUGGCGAUGACGAGUUGACGCAUAAGAAGAAGAAAAAGGAGCACAAGAAGAAGCACAAGGAGGAGGAAGAUGAUGCUGGAGAUGCCAGCGGAGAGAAGAAGAAGAAAAAGAAGUCCAAGAAGCAUGCCGAUGAGGACGACGAGGAAACCGACAAGCCCUCAGCUGCCGAUGCCGAUGCCGAUGCUAACGCCAUGGAUGUCGACCAGGCCUCUGAGCCACAGACAUCUUCUGGAAUCUACCAACCUCCCGACAUCCCCGCCAAUCCUCAGUUCCCAUUCUACAGCCAGAAUGUUUCUCUCUACGAACCUAUAUACCCCACCGGCUGGUCACAGCCAGUGACGAGCAGCGAGUAUCAGCACCUACAGCACCUUAAGAACAAAUACGUCCCGUCUCUGCGCGGCGUUCUUAUCAAUUAUAAGAAUGUCGCACUUGGCGAGAAUCCAGGGCGCACUGGUGCCGCAACUUCAGACGACGACUCGACCAUUCUAAAGUCUGUCAACGAGUUUGCCGUCGGUUUCGGUUGGAUUACCGCCGAGGUCGAGCUAUUCGUUCCUAGUCGUGGUGCGUGGAUGGAAGGCAGCAUCAAUCUCCAGACCGAAGGUCACAUUGGUGUCGUUUGCUUCGGCCAGUUCAACGCAUCGAUUGAGGCUCGACGUCUGCCAUCUGCCUGGAAAUGGGUCGCGAACGAGGAUCCGGAGGCUUUUGGCAUAGAAGAGACUGCAUCAGUGAUUACCGCCGACGACCAUGGAGUAGUGCGCCAGAUUCACAGCACCGGUUUCUGGGUCGAUGGAAGCGGAAACAAAGUUAAGGGCAAGAUUCGCUUCCGCAUUCGAAACUUUGAUGUCGGUGUUAGCGGCGAGACGAGCUACCUCAGUUUGGAGGGGACCAUGUUGGAUAAGGAGGCGGAGAAGGCACUUGUACGAGAGGAGGCGGCAACGGCUGCCAUGAGAAAGGGAAAUAAGGGCCGCAACGCCCAGCGAAGAAGAGCACCGGAGUUUGCCAUGACACGGUUCAUGGAUGAGACAGAGCAACCAGCUGAGGAACCAGUGGCGGCUGCGGAGCAAAUUGUGAGAUUUACGGACUGA